UCUCUCUACUGGCAUUCCCAUGUAUCCCAGCAAGGUUUGCAGGAAACCUGCCUGUACAAGAGCAGUAUUCUGUGUUUGUGACUUACUGGCUGUUGGCAGCAUCAGUAAAGAAAUCGCUAAAGGGUCCAGCUAUGAAAACAGGCAUAAUUUUUAUUAUAGUUUGCUAAAUGCCCAAACUCCUAAGAGAGGUUUUAUUUAAGUGUGUUACUCCAGUAAAUGAUCUGUGAACAACCCUGAGGGUAGGAGGAGAACAGGAUUCCUCCUCCUUCACAGGUAGAUGACCACCCUGCCUAUGGGACCUGACUUGUCCUCCAUGUACUCUCUCUCUCCUUAUCCACCCAUCCCAUGAUUACUUCAGCUUUCCAGGCCAAAAGGAACUGGAAAGUCCUUCCAUCAUGAACAGAACAGCAUGUACACUAGUGGUUAUGGGACUUCUCUGGUUUAUGAACUAAAUGCCACACGAGGGAGGAGCAAGCUGAGCCUUUAUCUGACACCUCCUGGGUGCAAGGUCUGACAAUGGCACUGAAUGAGCACAGUCUUCAAGCCUCGUUCCUGUAAAUGAUAGGACCAAACAAGGCGGUGUGAUGAACAUGCCACUGCAUCAAAUCUCUGUCAUUCCAGCUCAGGAUGUUACCUCUUCCAGAGUCUCCAGGAGCAAGACCAAAGAAAAAGAGGAACAGGCAAAUGUAGGGCAGUCAGCAGCUCUGCUUACACAGCUCCGUCUCUUUAGUCUGGAUAACAGGAGUCAUGCAACCAGGGGAAGCUACACUGAGGAUACACACAUGCAUUCGUGCUGGAAAAUGAAGCUUCAGAAUGAGAAGGCUUUGGGACAUUCUGUGAGCCGCUCUAGUAACAUUUCAAAGGCUGGAAGUCCAACCUCUAUUUCUGCCCCUCACAGCUUCUCUCAGACUUCUGUUACACCAUCCAACCAGGACAUCUGCAGUUCCAGUGCAGUGUUUUCUGAGUGUUGUCAUCACAGUCCAGUGCAGUCUGCUGUUGUCUUGAGAAAUCCUCACUGCCAGAGCCCUCUGACACAAGGGGUCACUGUGACAGUAAUCUGUCAGGACAAGUUGCGUGCAGCAAAGAGAAACUCCUGUGGGCAGGAUCGGGGCCAGGCACUCAGGUCUGCUAAGAAUGUAAAGCCCAUCUGCACUCUGAAAUUCUCCAAGUCUCUCAAUGACGUGGACCAGAAGGCGCAGAGCACCAGUGAGUGCUUUGACUAUGUGGACCGAACAUGCUCAGAAGGCAAAUUGACCCCGACUCAAGAGCAGUGUUUAAGGAUUAACAAAUUUCAUCUUAAUGAGAGGAAACCACUGAAUCUCAGGCCUCUUUCUUUUACCAAUUCUAAGCACUCCUAUAUCCCUUCCCUUUCCAACUACUCGAGUGCAUCGGGAGGAACAGAGAACCACAACGCUGUACAUAUCCCCUUGCUGGAGGACAAAGUGGACCAUGACACCUCAAGGAGCAAAAAACUGUUGCGUUACUUUUUUUCCUUCUCCCACACCUCCAGCACCAGCAGCCUGCAUAAGUUCCACGAACUGGAGAACUAUUCCAGUCACUUCCAAGCUGACAAAUGCUCCAGCGUGCUGGUGGAAAGCACAGACUUCUGCUCUGAUGAUACGGGAGAUGAUGACGUCUUUGAGGACAGCACCUCAGUAAAAUUAAAAACAAAAGAGCAGCGGGCGCCCCUCUGUUCAGUUGAGAAGGACAGUGACCUUGACUGCCCUUCCCCCCUCUCAGAAAAAUUCCCCCCUCUGUCCCCUGUGUCCACAUCGGGGGAUACCUGCAGGAUAUGUCACUGUGAAGGAGAUGAUGAGAGCCCUUUGAUUACACCCUGUCACUGCACAGGAAGUCUUCAUUUUGUGCACCAAGCCUGCCUGCAGCAGUGGAUCAAGAGCUCAGAUACACGAUGCUGUGAACUGUGCAAGUAUGAGUUCAUCAUGGAGACAAAACUGAAGCCUUUGCGAAAGUGGGAGAAGCUGCAGAUGACAGCCAGUGAAAGGAGGAAGAUCAUGUGCUCUGUAACAUUCCAUGUCAUUGCCAUCACCUGUGUUGUGUGGUCUCUCUAUGUCCUGAUAGACAGGACUGCUGAAGAGAUUAAACAGGGACAGACUACUGGGAUUCUAGAGUGGCCAUUUUGGACUAAGCUGGUGGUUGUGGCUAUUGGUUUCACUGGAGGACUUCUUUUCAUGUAUGUACAAUGCAAAGUGUACGUACAGCUAUGGAAGAGACUUAAAGCUUAUAACCGAGUAAUAUAUGUACAAAACUGUCCAGAAACUAGCAAAAAGAAUAUUUUUGAAAAACCUGCACUAAUGGAGCCAAACUUCGAAAGUAAAGAAAUGCUUGGGGUUCACCAUUCAGACACAAACUCUUCACAUUACACAGAGCCAGAAGACUGUGCUGCAGAAAUCCUUCAUGUCUGAUUGCUGGGUGGGAGGGGUGUUUCUGUAUGUUCUUGAAGAUUUAAAAUACCAUUGUUUACUGCAAACUGCUCUACCUUUUUAAAAUCAGCUAACAGCUGAGAGCUGGUGGAUGAGGUUUUUUUACAUUUGUUUUUUGUUGGAAUAUUUUUAAAUCCCUUUGGCAUAUCUGUCAAUGUGAUCAUGGUUGCAUACCUCUCAACAUUUUGUCUCUCGUACUGGCGUAUCAGAGCCACAGGAUACUGGGUAGAAUGAGCGUUGGGUUGAUAUCAAGCAAGUCACUAGUGAACUGUCUUCAACUUCAUAGAGUCUGUUACUUUAGAAGAUGACUCUGAUUCUGGAAUAUGUGUAGAGUGGGGUUUGUUUGUUUGUUAUUCUUUAAGCAUGAUGAAGGAGGUUGUCCCAGACACUGAGGGAAAUGAGAGAGCUAGAGUCUAAUCUACCACUAACACUGCCACUAACAUUUUGUCUUAGGCAGCAGGUGUAAAAUUUUGCUUUACAUAUUGUGAUGAGACUUACAAAGCAUAUAGCACUUUUAAAAAUCUUUAUUUUGUAAUAUGUAUGUCAAAUGAGAAUGAAACUUGAACAAACGUGUCAUUUUUGAAACAUUUCUUCAUUCUUUACCCCAUGUUUUCUUCUGGAAAGUAAACAUCUUGCCUUACACACAAAAAAAGGAAAAUUAAAAAAAAAUCCAACCUGUGAUUUCCAACACAUGCCCACAUUAUCUUACUAAACGUAACACUAAAAAACUCUGCUUCUUUGGGUUUCCUUUGAGGAGCAGUUUUUUUCAAAGGAUAUUGCACUUGUGUAUGGGGAGUAGUAGAUAUGUACAGCAUUUGUUUUCAAUGCGUAACUGUUUCAGUGCUCUGUUUUGGGAAUUGGUUCUGUUUUUUUGUUUUUUCAACAAGUCAGAUCAUCAACACACCUGCACAUACAUACCUGAAGUAACUUUCAUUCCAAACCGUUGGCAAAGGGUUUGUUGCUACAUUGACAAAAAUGUGAGCUGUUACAGAAAAAAAAAGAUAGUCAGUACAGCUGAGAUUGGUUUUCCCUCUUCAGUACUGUGUCAUGUGUGAAUUACCCAAGAAUUUGAUAUUGUCAGAGGGGAUGCUGAGAUCAAAGUCUAGGAAGUAAAUACUCCAUCAAGUGGAUGAGUUUAAAAACGCCUGCCUGGUUUUAGUCCUGAUGUAAUGCAGUACAUGGUCAGAGAAUAGUUUUGUCUGUGGAUUUGAAUUUGGGACUGGCUUUUUAAUCAGUCAGCCUUAAUGAAAAGAGAGGGACAGCUUUAAAAUCUGUUUGCAGGGCUUUAGACAGAGUUGCCUGAAGCCUGGGGUGUCUGCUGUUAAUUUGCUUGACCAGUCUGCUUCAGUGAACCACCGUCCAGCCUCAAGCCCUCAUUCAACCAAAGUCUCAGUGUGACUAGAGCAAAAACAAAGCCCCAUGAAAAAUCAGCACAAGAAGCUGACUUUCCUUACCUGAGCCACAUCCAAAUUUCUCUAAAGUCAUUGAUAAUCUUCUGGUUGGUCUUAGUAGGAAUUGCCUGGGCUUAGUUAGGUAAAAGCUUCUGUUUACUUGAGACACUGAAUUGAAUCCUCAGCUCUUGUUCAGAUUUUACAUAGUCUUUUUUCAAGUACAACUUUCAUUGGGCAAGUUCUUUACAUAAUAAAAGUAGUUGUUUUAAGACUUCCCCAAGAACAACAGUAAGAGAUUGGUGAUUUUUUUCCUUAAAAUGGAAUAUUAAUUUAUUUCUAAAUUACUAUGUUAAAGGAAGGCAGAGAAGGGACUAUGGAAAGAGAACACACACCAUUGGUUUCUAAGAACUGAUAUAGGAAAAGCGUGCCUCUGUGUGAUCUCGUGCUUGAAGCUUACUGCCUGUGAUCAUCAUGAACAACAUGGUACCUUGUUCUAGAGGUAUUUGUAAAUACCAAGACCUUUAGGCAGUCCUAGCAAAAGCUGCAGUGGCAUGGGUUUGCGUACUGUGCUGGGUGUCAGGACAUCCCAUGCUUACAUGAUACAGGCAGACAAACCCUGCAUACCCUGCUACUAUCAGGAUGGCAGUCUUCAUGAUCAUGCACAUGUAGAGCUUUUUGCCUAUGCCUACCGUAAUUUAAAGUGCAAUUACUCAGGCCCUUUCCUGAACUCUGCUGUGGGUCAUCCUCUUCUAUUACGAGAACCCAGAUAAUAUGCUGUCUUGUUUUGUUUUCUAUUUUGUUCUGUGAAAAGAUUUACUGGAUAAACUCAGGUGGUUAAGUAUCGGGUCUUGCACACCUUACUUGUGUUCUUCUGAAAUGCCUGAAUGCACAAGGCUUACCUGUCUGCAAGAUGUUCACUUUACAACUGCAAGAUGCAAAGAAUCAUCUGCCAGCUGAUGCUGUGUGCAUCCUCAUCCAAUCUGUGGCCAGUAGGUGAAAUGAAAAUGGUCAUGUUCUGGUAUGAAACCUGUUCUCCAGCUCAUACCUAAGAGGCACUAGUAUCUGACCGAUGUUCUGACAAGUGCCAGUAAGGCAUACUGUAACACACUGGUCCUUCAUCCAUCAUCGUCAGAUGUGAUCCUUGGUGAAACGUUGUGAAAUAUCAUUUGGUGUUUUGGAAGCUCCAUGUGGCACAUGCCAGGUAGUGUUCAGUGUAUUCAGGAUACUGAAGGUUUUUGCUGUGCCCCUGUGUAUCUUGGGAAGAAAAAAUCGUCUCCGGCAAAAUCAUCUGGAGGAAAAUAUUUGUGGAUGAAAUUGUUGCUGCUUACUUACCAUUCCAUCUCCUCACAGGUCUUUCCUGAACAAAAAUAAAAGCCUAAUGUUUAAACUUAGUGCUUAGGAAUGCUCAUGCCAGGAAGAGCUGCAGAAGAUCCAUCUGUCAGGGGGUUUCAUUUAUGCUGGUCACACUUCUCAUGCUGAUUCUUGCUUGGUGUUAGCAGUGGGCUUUUGAGCUGUAAUUUCUGCUGCAUGGUGCCAUGAAAUGCUGUGAGAAGGCUGAAUGGUGCUUUUUCCUUCUUUCUCCUCAAGGAGAUGCUGUUGACUUGUUUUCAGCUUCCAGCUGUGAGGCACUGAUGCUAGCUCAGGUGAGCUCUGUCCUUCCCACUCAGAUGUCAGUAAGGGGAAUGACCACCCUUUGUCAGUUCAGGCUUUCCAACACUUCCUUCUGGUAGCUUUUGAAAUGACUGAAAUAGAAGUCUGACUUCUUUUGGUCCUUGUUCCUUGGCCGAAGUCAGUUCAGGUUACCUGAUUUUUUGUCUGAGACAAAAAUUUAAGUAGGAUGAAAUGCAAGCUUAAUACCGUCUACCACGAUCCUCUCCCUAGACUGCCAGAUGGUACAUCCCAUGCCGUAGACAUCUGACCAGUCAUCCAUUCUGUUGAUUUAAAUCCUGUCCAAAAAAGCGCUGCCUGUGCCAAGGAAAUUUCCCCACCGUGUCAUAUUUGGUGUAUCUCUCACGUCAUGAACAUGCAUUAUGAUACAGGUGUGUGCUGCAGAAAGUUGAUCCCAUUUAAGAGAUCAUGAGAUGUUAAAUUCCGAUGAAUUCUCAGGACUUUCUUCAACUGUAACCCUGUAUUUUGGAAGUGGUCAUGGUGUGUAAAAUGUUGCCCUGUGUUCUGAAGAGAUGGCCAGACCUGGGGACAGCUUCCUGUGGCUGAAUGUCGUUGAGAUUGGCUUUGUUUCAGUAGGAGAGAUUCAACAAAGGUUACACUGUGCCUGCAAGGAGUUAGAGAAGUGCUGGGCCCCUGUGUUGUACCUGAGAAAUCCUGGGAAGCAAUAGUAACUCCCUGUCCAAACCUACUUCUGCCAAUCCCCUGUACUGUGUUAGAGCAUCAGUCCUACUUGUGGCAGUGCUAUAAGGCAGGGUCUGUUUGGUGUGUUGCUCUUCAAAAACCUUUGAAGUGAUGCGUGGAUAUGGCCACAUGGUGGGAGCAGGUUGCUUCUGGCCUGUAUUUGGCUGGCUAAUUAUCUAUUGCAAAGUGGGAUCCAGAUUUCUCCCAAGCUGAAGCGUGUGAAGAUACAGAUUUCUGGUAUAGUCUGCUGUGGAGAGACUGGCCAGCAAUGAAAGGGAGGUCAGUGACGCUAGGUUGGUUCCCUCUCAAAUAUGAGUGACACAGGGCAACUACAGGAGCAAGGGUAUUGCUGGCUGGAUUUUCACAGCAUUAUGUUAGAUACACAAAGAAAACAUGUAAGCGGGACCUUUUAUUUUGGGAUUAUCUUUUAGUUUUGAGAUAUUGCAGUGUGUGCAUAUUCCAAUGAAGUACUGAAAACACUUGUCUUUGUAUAGAAGAUAACUGUUUGAAAAUUGCAGCUGAUCUUGUAUUUAGGUAAAACAUUUGUAGAUAGGUAAUUGUAUAACGUUAAACAACUUUACACUGGCAUGUGUUGUAUAGUUUAUACAGGACACUUCACACUUCUGCAGAAUUUUUUAGUUACUAAAUUUCUGGUAACUUAAAUGUAUAGUUUUGUAUCCUCUCAUGUAUGUUUUCUCAGUAUUACCACUUGCAGAAUUAUUUUUAGUUUCUUAAACUGUAAUUGGUUAUUUGUGUGAUACACAGGGUUAUUGACUGCAGCAAUAAAGUGUUUCUAUAAAAAAAAAAAAAA